GUCAAGUCAUCUUGUGAAAGGCUGCCUGCUUCCAGCUUGGCUUGGAUGUGCAACCUUAAUAAAACUCACUGAGGUCUGGAGAAAAUAGCAGAUCUGCAGCAGAUAGGGUAGAGGAAAGGGUCUAGAAUAUGUACACGCAGCUGACUCAGGCAGGCAACACGCUGAACGGUUACACAGGGAGGAAACAAUAAAUCUCAGCUACUUAUGCAAUAAAUAUCUCAAGUUUUAACUAAGGAAACUAUCAUUAUAGUAAAAUAAAAAAAUAACAUUUUAGAACAAAGCUAACAAAUGGCUAGUUUUCUGUGAUUCUUCUACAAAAUCUUUCUUUGAGAGGGAAAAAGUCAAACAAACAAGCAGUUUUACCUGAAAUAAAGAACUAGUUUAAAGGUCAGAAGAAAGGCAAGGAGCAAGUUUUGCGAGAGGCACGGAAAGAGAGUGCUGGCAGUACAAUGACAGUUUUCCUUUCCUUUGCUUUCCUCGCUGCCAUUCUGACUCACAUAGGGUGCAGCAACCAGCGCCGAAGUCCAGAAAACGGUGGGAGAAGAUAUAACCGGAUUCAACAUGGGCAGUGUGCCUACACUUUCAUUCUUCCAGAACAUGACGGGAACUGUCGUGAGAGUACGACAGACCAGUACAACACAAACGCUCUGCAGAGAGAUGCUCCACACGUGGAACCGGAUUUCUCUUCCCAGAAACUUCAACAUCUGGAGCAUGUGAUGGAAAAUUAUACUCAGUGGCUGCAAAAAAUUGAGAAUUACAUUGUGGAAAAUAUGAAGUCGGAGAUGGCCCAGAUACAGCAGAACGCAGUUCAGAACCAUACGGCCACCAUGCUCGAGAUAGGAACCAGCCUCCUCUCUCAGACCGCAGAACAGACCAGAAAGCUGACAGAUGUUGAGACCCAGGUACUAAAUCAAACUUCUCGACUUGAAAUACAACUGCUGGAGAACUCAUUAUCAACAUACAAGCUAGAGAAGCAACUUCUGCAACAGACAAAUGAAAUCCUAAAGAUUCAUGAGAAAAACAGUUUAUUAGAACAUAAAAUCUUAGAAAUGGAGGGAAAGCACAAAGAAGAAUUAGACACCUUAAAGGAAGAGAAAGAGAAUCUUCAAGGCUUGGUUACUCGUCAAACGUAUAUAAUCCAGGAACUGGAGAAACAGUUGAACAGAGCCACCAACAAUAACAGUGUCCUUCAGAAGCAGCAGCUGGAGCUGAUGGACACAGUGCAUAACCUCGUCAACCUCUGCACUAAAGAAGGUGUUUUACUAAAGGGAGGAAAAAAAGAGGAAGAAAAACCAUUUAGAGACUGUGCAGAUGUAUAUCAAGCUGGUUUUAAUAAAAGUGGAAUCUACACUAUUUAUAUUAAUAAUAUGCCAGAACCCAAAAAGGUAUUUUGCAAUAUGGAUCUUAAUGGGGGAGGUUGGACUGUAAUACAACAUCGUGAAGAUGGAAGUCUGGAUUUCCAAAGAGGUUGGAAAGAAUACAAAAUGGGUUUUGGAAAUCCAUCUGGUGAAUAUUGGCUGGGUAAUGAGUUUAUUUUUGCCAUAACCAGUCAGAGGCAGUACACACUAAGAAUCGAGUUAAUGGACUGGGAAGGAAACCGAGCCUAUUCUCAGUACGACAGAUUCCACAUAGGAAAUGAAAAACAAAACUACAGGUUGUAUUUAAAGGGUCACACUGGGACUGCAGGAAAACAGAGCAGCCUGAUCUUACACGGUGCUGAUUUCAGCACUAAAGAUGCUGAUAAUGACAACUGCAUGUGCAAAUGUGCCCUCAUGCUAACAGGAGGCUGGUGGUUUGAUGCUUGUGGCCCAUCCAAUCUAAAUGGAAUGUUCUAUACAGCGGGACAGAACCAUGGGAAACUGAACGGGAUAAAGUGGCAUUACUUCAAAGGGCCCAGUUACUCCUUACGUUCCACAACUAUGAUGAUUCGACCUUUGGACUUUUGAAGGCACAAUGUCAAAAGCAGUUCUGAAAACCACAGAGAAUUCUGGAGAGGCCACCAGAUGAGAAACUGCUUGAAAACUUCUGAAGCAAACAAUAUUGUCUCCCUUCCAGCAACAAGUAGCAGUUAUGUGAAGUCACCAAGGUUCUUGACUGUGAACUUGGAACCUUUUGAGUUCACUGAAGUCUCUACUUGGGAUGACUGUGUUCACGCGGCUUGACUGUAGAGAAUGCCACUCACUGUCAUGCUUUAAAAAGGGAAGAAACUGUUCAGCUUGCUGUGCUUCAAACUACUACUGGAUCUUGUUUUGGAGCUAUAGUAGCCAGAUGAUAAAUAUGGUUUAUUUCAUAUAAGACUGAAGAAAAAGAAGAAGAGAAUGAACAACAACAACAAAGAGUACACAUGAAGAAUAAAAACAGGCCUGCCAUAAUCCUUUGAAAAAUAUGUAUUACACCAGUGAAAUGGUGUUAUUUCUACACAAACCUACUAACAAUAAGUUUGUACUAUUGCACAACUUUAAUAAAAGUUCAGGAAGA